GUCAGGUGCCGGAGGAGGUCCCUGAAGGCAUCAUCAGACCGUCAGGUGCCGGAGGAGGUCCCUGAAGGCAUCAUCAGACCGUCAGGUGCCGGAGGAGGUCCCUGAAGGCAUCAUCAGACCGUCAGGUGCCGGAGGAGGUCCCUGAAGGCAUCAUCAGACCGUCAGGUGCCGGAGGAGGUCCCUGAAGGCAUCAUCAGACCGUCAGGUGCCGGAGGAGGUCCCUGAAGGCAUCAUCAGACCGUCAGGUGCCGGAGGAGGUCCCUGAAGGCAUCAUCAGACCGUCAGGUGCCGGAGGAGGUCCCUGAAGGCAUCAUCAGACCGUCAGGUGCCGGAGGAGGUCCCUGAAGGCAUCAUCAGACCGUCAGGUGCCGGAGGAGGUCCCUGAAGGCAUCAUCAGACCGUCAGGUGCCGGAGGAGGUCCCUGAAGGCAUCAUCAGACCGUCAGGUGCCGGAGGAGGUCCCUGAAGGCAUCAUCAGACCGUCAGGUGCCGGAGGAGGUCCCUGAAGGCAUCAUCAGACCGUCAGGUGCCGGAGGAGGUCCCUGAAGGCAUCAUCAGACCGUCAGGUGCCGGAGGAGGUCCCUGAAGGCAUCAUCAGACCGUCAGGUGCCGGAGGAGGUCCCUGAAGGCAUCAUCAGACCGUCAGGUGCCGGAGGAGGUCCCUGAAGGCAUCAUCAGACCGUCAGGUGCCGGAGGAGGUCCCUGAAGGCCACACCUCUGACCGGAGGGUCGAGGCCGCGAGCUGCGGCAGAGCGGAUCAUUAACGGAGAGGACGCCGCGCGGACAUGACGGACAGGAACGGGACCGACACCGACACCGAGACCCGGUCCGGGUCCGGGUCCGGGUCUGAACUGAUUUUCUUCGUUAACGGAAAGAAGAUCAUCGAGACAGACGCAGAUCCUGAGAUGACCCUGCUGACAUAUCUGAGGAGGAAGUUGGGUUUAACAGGAACCAAGCUGGGCUGUGCUGAGGGAGGCUGUGGAGCCUGCACCGUGAUGAUCUCCAGAUACCAAACACACACUCAGCAGCUGCUUCACCACGCCAUCAACGCCUGCCUCGCCCCUGUCUGCUCCUUACACCUGGUUGCCGUGACGACCGUGGAGGGAAUCGGCAGUGUGGCGAGAAAGCUGCACCCCGUGCAGGAGCGCAUAGCGAAGGCUCAUGGCUCUCAGUGCGGGUUCUGCACUCCGGGGAUCGUCAUGUCCAUGUACGCUCUGCUGAGGAACAAGUCCACGCCUAAAAUGUCCGACGUGGAGGAAGCCUUCCACGGGAAUCUGUGUCGCUGCACCGGAUACAGGCCGAUCCUGGAGGGAUACAAGACUCUGACUGUGGAGAGUGGGUGCUGCGGGGGCAGGGGGCGGGACAGCGGCUGCUGUAUGUCCAAUGGGAGCGGAGCUGAGGACGACGUCAGCGAAGCCUCGCCUCUGUUCAGCGCUGCAGACUUCACGCCCUUUGACCCCACACAGGAACUCAUCUUCCCGCCUGAACUCGUGUCGCUCACCAAAGGUCAAAGGUCGGGCUCACUGCGUUUCCAUGGCGACAGGGUGGCGUGGCUGCAGCCUGACAGUCUGGACGAGUUUCUGAGACUGAAAUGGGAAAAUCCAGACGCACGGGUGGUGGUGGGAAACACGGAAGUGGGUAUCGAGGUGAAGUUUAAGAGCAUGGUGUAUCCGGUCAUCUUGGCUCCGGCCUUCAUCCCUGAGCUGAACGCGGUGACGCACACUGAGCACGGUGUCGUGUUCGGUGCAGCGUGCACGCUCAGCCACAUGGGGGCGGUACUGAAGCAGGCGGUGGAGACUCUUCCUCGCCAUCAGACCGAAGUCUUCCUCGCUGUCCUGGAACAACUGCGCUGGUUCGCUGGACUGCAGAUACGCAACGUAGCGGCCGUGGGUGGAAACAUCAUGACAGCCAGCCCCAUAUCAGACCUCAACCCUGUUUUUAUGGCAGCAGGCUGCAAACUCACACUGAUGGACAAGGGCGGCAGUCGCGUGGUUCAGAUGGACGAAAGUUCUCACGGGGUACAGGAAAAGAUGUUCUGCGACCACCGAAGUCUGCUGUCCAUAGAGAUGCCCAUACAGCAAGAAGGUAUAUACAGCAACGCCGUCAGCCACCUAGAAACCACUACUCAGUUCUUGCUGCCUUCAAACAGUCGCCUCGUCGAGGAUGACAUCAGCACCGUUACCGCGGCGAUGAGCGUUCACCUUCACUCCUGGGACCAAGUCGUCGAAGACUUGAGGCUAAGCUACGGCGGCAUGGCGGCACCACGGUGCUGGCGAAGAAGACAGCGAGCAGACUGCUGGGAAGGUGAAGAGGCCUGUGAGGGUUGGGUUUCUAAGCAGUGGGAAGUCGUGGCUCUGGACGUGUCGUACUACAGUAACGUGGAAGAAACUCCAUGGACCUCUCUCUGUCAGUCAUGGAGCGCGCUCUGUCCACAUGGAGAACUCGCUACAGCGUGGCCAACAUACGCGGACGCGGCUUCCUGCUGCGCACCAACCUGCCAUCCCAACACGGCCUUCAGGGGCUUUGGAGGGCCGCAAGGCAUGAUGAUCGCUGAGAAUAAUGCGCCGACCGACGUGGUCCAGAGUCUUGGCAGGUCAGCCGAGGAGAGAACGGUCGAGCUGCCAUCGGACCUCUUACCAACCAGGGGAAACACGUCCAGUGAUACCGAACCGGUGGACCAAACGAGGGCCUCCGCAAUCGUCCCCACCAAGUUUGGCAUCAGUUUCACCGCCGUCUUCCUCAACCAGGCUGGAGCUCUGCUUCAUAUCUACACUGACGGGCUCGGUGUUGUGAGCACGUGUGGGACGGCGAUGGGACAGGGACUCACCACUAAGAUGGGCAGCCCCUCACCGCCGGCCUUCUGCAUCCUCACGACCAUCAACGGAGCCGCCGUGCAGAACGCCUGCGAGAUUCCUCAUGAAGCGCUGGUAGCGCGUAUCAAGAGCGCUAAGAACCCCAAAGGCAUCACUGGGAGGACUGGACCUAGCAACCACUGUCACUGUCAGCCCCCUGGCAACCACUGUCACUCAACCAGUGUCACUAUCAGUCACCUGGCAACCACUGUCACUGUCAGUCCCCUGGCAACCACUGUCACUGUCAGUCACCUGGCAACCACUGUCACUGUCAGUGACCUAGCAACCACUGUCACUGUCAGCCCCCUGGCAACCACUGUCACUGUCAGUGACCUAGCAACCACUGUCACUGUCAGCCCCCUGGCAACCACUGUCACUGUCAGUCACCUGGCAACCACCGUCACUACUCAGUUCGUUGCUGCCUUCAAACAGUCGCCUCGUCGGGAGGAUGACAUCAGCACCGUUACCGCGGCGAUGAGCGUCACCUUCACUCCUGGGACCAACGUCGUCGAAGACUUGAGGCUAAGCUACGGCGGCAUGGCGGCAACCACGGUGCUGGCGAAGAAGACAGCGAGCAGACUGCUGGGAAGGUGCUGGGGGGAGGAGCUUCUGCAGGAGGCUUGCUCCUCAUUGGCUGGGGAGAUGACCCUCGACCCCUCCGUGCCGGGUGGCAUGGUGACGUACCGGCGAACUUUGACCCUCAGCCUCUUCUACAAGUUCUACCUGAUGGUGCUACUGAAGCUCAGAAAGCAGGUCUGCUUCCUUAAUGUGAUCGCACAUUCUGAACAAAGCUCACCUGAGUUGACCUGAGUUCACUUUAUUUGUCAGGGCGUGACAGUGGAACAGGUCGGGGCGGAUUGUCUGAGCGCUGCAGAGAUUUACCAUCCAGAGACUCCGUCCAGUGUUCAGAUCUACCAGGCGGUGCCGGAAGGGCGGAGCCAGGAUGACACCGUGGGCCGUCCCAUGAUGCACCUGUCUGCUCUGAAGCAGGCGACUGGCGAGGCGGUUUACUGCGACGACGUGCCGCUGUACGAGAACGAGCUGUACCUCGCACUCGUCACCAGCAGCAAAGCACACGCUAAGAUCCUCUCUAUAGAUACCUCAGCAGCAGAGAGCAUGCCCGGCGUGGUCAGCUGUGUGUUGGCUGAUGACAUCCCCGGCAGUAACGCCACCGGACCCAUCGAAUACGACGAGAGCGUCCUCGCCCAAGGCCAGGUGACCUGUGUGGGUCACAUCAUUGGCGCCGUGGUGGCUGACACUCAGCUUCAUGCACAGAGAGCUGCCAAAGCUGUCAGGGUCCAAUACGAAGAGCUGCAGCCCAUCGUCACCAUCCAGGAGGCCAUCGCCGCUCAGUCCUUCUAUCAGCCAAUCAGAACCAUCCAGAGGGGAGACUUGGAGGCGGGGUUUAAACAGGCUGACCACAUCCUGGAGGGUGAAAUGCACAUCGGAGGUCAGGAACAUUUCUACCUGGAGACAAACGUCAGUCUGGCUGUUCCCGGUGAAGAAGACGGAGAGAUGGAGCUCUUUGUUUCUACUCAGUCUGCCUCCAAAACUCAGUCUCUGGUGGCGAAGGCGUUGGGCGUCCCCGCUAACAGGGUGGUGGUCCGAGUAAAGAGAAUGGGUGGAGGCUUUGGAGGGAAGGAGAGCCGGACCACCGUGUUGUCCACUGUGGUCGCUGUGGCAGCAAACAAGCUGAAGAGGCCUGUGAGGUGUAUGCUGGACAGAGACGAGGACAUGUUGAUCACCGGAGGAAGACACCCGUUCUAUGGAAAAUACAAGGUUGGGUUUCUAAGCAGUGGGAAGGUCGUGGCUCUGGACGUGUCGUACUACAGUAACGUUGGAAACUCCAUGGACCUCUCUCUGUCAGUCAUGGAGCGCGCUCUGUUCCACAUGGAGAACUCGUACAGCGUGGCCAACAUACGCGGACGCGGCUUCCUGUGCCGCACCAACCUGCCAUCCAACACGGCCUUCAGGGGCUUUGGAGGGCCGCAAGGCAUGAUGAUCGCUGAGAACUGGAUUUCCGACGUGGCUCAGAGUCUUGGCAGGUCAGCCGAGGAGGUGCGUCGGUUGAACCUGUAUGUAGAAGGGGAGCCGACACCCUACAACCAGAUCCUGGAUCGGUUCACUUUGGACCGCUGUUGGGAUGAAUGUCUGUUGCGCUCUGGAUACCAAGAACGGCGAGCUGCCAUCGACCUCUACAACAGACAGAACCGGUGGACCAAACGAGGCCUCGCCAUCGUCCCCACCAAGUUUGGCAUCAGUUUCACCGCCGUCUUCCUCAACCAGGCUGGAGCUCUGCUUCAUAUCUACACUGACGGCUCGGUGUUGUUGACGCACGGUGGGACGGAGAUGGGACAGGGACUCCACACUAAGAUGGUGCAGGUUGCCAGCAGGGUUCUGGGUAUCCCCUGUUCAAAGAUCCACAUCUUAGAGACAAGUACCAACACGGUCCCCAACACCAGCCCCACCGCCGCCUCUGCAUCCUCAGACCUCAACGGAGCCGCCGUGCAGAACGCCUGCGAGAUCCUCAUGAAGCGCCUGGAGCCGUACAAGAGCAAGAACCCCAAAGGAUCAUGGGAGGACUGGGUGAAAGCAGCGUAUUUCGACAGAGUAAACCUCAGCGCAAACGGAUUCUACAAGACUCCAGACCUCGGUUACGACUUCGAGUCAAAUUCGGGCCGAGCGUUCAACUACUUCACUUAUGGUGUGGCAUGUUCAGAGGUGGAGAUCGACUGUCUGACCGGCGCUCAUAAGAACCUGAGUACCACCAUAGUGAUGGACGUCGGUCACAGCCUGAAUCCAGCUAUAGACAUUGGACAGGUUGAGGGGGCGUUCAUGCAGGGUCUAGGUCUCUUCACCCUGGAGGAGCUUCAUUAUUCGCCCCAGGGCGUCCUCCUCACUCGGGGUCCUGGUUCCUAUAAGAUCCCAGCCUUCGGAGACAUUCCCACUAAGCUUACUGUCUCCCUGCUCCGCGAUGCACCAAAUGACAAGGCCAUCUUCGCCUCGAAGGCGGUCGGCGAACCUCCUCUCUUUUUGGCAGCGUCGGUUUUCUACGCCAUCAAAGAUGCCAUCAGCGCUGCCCGGGCGCAGUCGGGCAUCACUGGUCCCUUCAGGCUCGACAGCCCCGCCUCCGCCGAGAGGAUCCGCAAUGCUUGCAGCGACCGAUUCACCGAACUGUGCCCUCCUGCAGAGCCCGGCACCUUCACCCCGUGGUCUGUACGAGUCUAGGACGUUCAUCCAGCAGUGUUCACUGCAAAACUACAAAACUACAAAAACAAACGGCCAGAUCAGCUCCGUCAGUAACAGUUUGUGAUUGUCGUUGGUAAUGCGCUGACACGUUAGUUACUAAUUUUGCACUCAGGGAACAAAAAAACACGCUUUUACUUUAAAAUGAUUCAUAAAAAUGUUUCAUGAAUCACACGCAGAUCAAAAUAUUCACGUUGUCACUAGAUGUCCGCUUAUAAACAUGAACAUGAAGUAUGAAUCUGUGAUUUUAUCACUGUACAAAUGAAAUAAAACUUUUAGGAACUUG